GACUUGAAGCAUGCAAAGACCUUACCAAGAAAGACCUCACUACAGACCUCGCCAAAGACCUCACCAAAGCACUCACUAAAGGACUUACUAAAGGAGAUCUCUCCAAAGACCUCACCAAAGAAGUCACUAAAGAACUCAUCAUAGAACUCACUAAAGAACUCAACAUAGACCUCACUCAAGCACUCACCAAGGACCUCAAUAAAGACAUCUCCUCUAUACUAGACCUCACCAAAGAACUCGCCAAAGAACUCACCAAAGAACUCAUCAAAGAACUCACUACAGAACUCACCAAAGAACUCAAUACAGAACUAACUAAAGAACUAACUAAAGAACUAACUAAAGAACUAACUAAAGAACUAACUAAAGAACUAACUAAAGGACUUAAGGAGAUCUCUCCAAAGACCUCACCAAAGAACUCACUAAAGAACUCACUAAAGAACUCAUCAUAG